AAUCUUCUGGCGUCUACUGUUUAGAGCAAUUAAAAUAGUUUUUAGUAAUUUAUUAUAACUGAACUUUUAUAUUUUAGCAAAAUAGGACCUAAAGGUUUUUAUAAUACAUCAUAAAAAGUGCCUGAUACGUAAUAUGUGAUAUUCAGGAGUUGAAACUGGGCGCAUUGCCCUUUAAUCACACCGUUACUUGAAGUGAUAUUUUGUCAAUAAUUUUACCAUGAAUAAACAAGAGAUUGAAGUUUCAUGGUAGUUUGUUUCUGUUUGGCUUUAAGUGACUUAUGGGCAAUGAGACUGCAAGAGAUAUGGAGACUGAAUCAGUAAAAUCAGAAAACAGUUCAAAAUCUAGACGAUCUAGGAGCCAUAGAGACAGGACAAGCAACUACAGACACCAUUCACAUAGGAGCACAAGAAGCAGUAAAUCUAGAAGAAACGACGAUAUGGCUCCUUUCCAGACAGCUGUUACUAUGACUCCUGACAAUAGAGAUGGACAGGAAGUGAUAGAGGUACAGAUCCUACCACAAGAUGACAACUGGGGUGAAAACACUACUGCCAUAACUGGAAACACAUCAGAGCAAUCAGGAUCAGCUGAAGACAUCUGCAACUGGCCUGGAGAACCUGAUACAGGUUUAGGUUUUGUGUGUCAGAGAUAUAUGGGUACAAGUAUAACUUAUAUUUUAUCUCUCGCUGCCUUUUUAAGUCCUAUAGCGAUGGUAUUACUGCCAAAGAUGGGUUUCUUUCCUGAUCUUUCUGCUAGAAUAGGUCUUGCUGAUAGCACAAAAUUGCUGGCUUGUGGUGCUGAAUGUAAAGGCCAGUUGGUGUCUCUGGCCUUCAAGAUGGUAAUUCUUGCAAUUGGUGCCUGGGCGGUGUUUCUCAGGAAACCGCAAGCAACACUGCCUAGAUUCUUUUUGUUUAGAGCAGGGAUUCUAGCUCUUUUAUUAGUGUGUACUUUUGCCUAUUGGCUAUUUUAUAUAGUUCAAGUGACUGAGACAGCCAGAGCAGCUACAACACCAGAAGAAACUGUAGAUUACAAAGCCUUGGUAGCUUAUGCAUCAAGCUUGACUGAUACUUUACUUUUUAUACAUUAUUUAGCUGUAGUUUUAGUAGAAAUAAGGCAUUUACAGCCAAUGUACUACAUUAAGAUUGUUAGGAGCCCAGAUGGAGCUAGCAGUGCAUAUGGUAUAGGCCAGUUAAGCAUUCAGAGGGCUGCUGUGUGGGUGCUUGAGAAGUAUUACACUGAAUUUCCCAUUUAUAAUCCUUAUUUAGAACGUAUACCAGUGUCAAAAUCUAGGAAAACAUCUUCGAGUUUUAAAUUUUAUGAAGUAGAUGGCAUUAAUUCUUCUCAAAUUCAACAGUCCCAGUCCAGAGCUAUGUUAGCUGCUCAUGCUAGACGACGUGACUCAAGUCAUAAUGAACGUUUUUAUGAAGAACAUGAGUAUGACAGGAGAGUUAAAAAGCGCAGGGCAAGACUUAUUACUGCUGCCGAAGAGGCUUUCACUCAUAUUAAACGUUUACACAAUGAUCAAGUAUCAUCCAUACCCAUGGACUCACACGAGGCUGCUCAAGCUAUUUUUCCUUCAAUGGCGAGAGCUUUACAGAAAUACUUGCGUGUUACAAGGCAACAGCCAAGACAUUCAGUGGAUAGCAUUUUGCACCACUUGGCUAAUUGCCUCAGCAAUGAUUUGACACCAAAGGCUUUUCUCGAACCAUAUCUAGUUUCUGAACCUGUGUUACAAAAUGACAAAGAAAAGAAAGAUGUACAAACUUGGGCUUUGAUUUGUGAAGAAAUCUUAACGAGACCCAUAGGUGAUGGUAUAUUUUUCCAGUUGAGACAGAAUGAUGUCUCUCUUCUGUGCAAUAUUAAAAAAAUACCUCACUUUAAUGUAACUGAGGAGGUUGUUGAUCCUAAAAGCAAUAAAUUUGUGCUAAGGUUGAAUUCAGAAACAUCUGUAUGACCAAUCGAGUACUCCAGGUCUUUUGAUAGGCUGAUAUGAUUUUUGCAUAUCUUGUUUGAGAGUAAUAAUGAAAUUAUCUAUAUUUUUGACAAAAUUUGAAAUGUAUUUGGUACCGUUUGUGGAUUUUUUUGAUUGAUGAUCAGUGAGAUUGAAGUGCCCUUUUUAACACUGAGUUUUAAAAGAGCUACUCCAGUCUUUAUACACAAAAAUUGACUUUUAAUUGAAGGUUUAAGGUAUCAUUAAAGAAUUGUACUAUAUGCGUGUAGUGGAUUAACAACAUUGUGACGUCAUGCAAUCAAUAUAAUUUAUAAAUAUAAACUAAUACUUAAAUGUAAAAGUCAAAGAAACAUAUUUUCUUUCAAUUUUAUUUUCAAAUUCGUUUUAAAAAAGAAUUCUAGCUUUCAUUUUUGUUUUACAUUUUUUGACAAAGAUUAUUUUAAAAUAGUGUGCUGCUAUCAUAACCAAGCUGUUGGGCGGUUAUCGUUUUCCAAAUUCACGGUUGACUUACUUGCCUCGAUCUUGUAGGCAUGUAGCCAUGCUUUUAGUUGAUAAUUCUGAGUUCUGGUUGUUUAAAACAACCAAUAUACUGUGAGAUCUAUUUUGCCAAAACCAAAUCAUAAACAACAUCAACACCCCGUGAAUGCAACAAUUGAUAAUAGAAAAAAAAAAAAGAAAAAAGGUCAGAUAUGGAAAACCUACAUAUUCAAAUGUUUUGAUGAUGAUCCAGACUCAAUAGAACAAUCAAAUGGCGAGUUAAAUGGGCUUGACAUACUUUUUUUUUUUAUUAUUUAAAACCUAAGCUGUGUCACAGUUGACCAAUUAUCAAUUCGUUUUAGACUUAAAUUACUAAAUCAUACAUAAGUUCUUCUUAACCAUAUGGUGUCCUCAUAUUUUAUCUAACGACUAAUAAUCUCACAUUUCUUGCAAUUUUUCCUUCAAUUCGCGGAUGGACCUGGCAGUAUGUUUUCUCAAAGCUUUUUUCAUUUCGCGCCACAUAGUCUCUAUCGGGGACAAGCCGGGACUGUUAGAAACCCAUUCCAGAAGUGGUAUGUCAUGGUUCUCAAUCCAUUUCAAACUCUUUUGAGUUAUGACAACCUGCGCCGUACUGUUGAAAGACAAAAUGUUUCGCUGAUAUUAAACGGUAUUUCAUAAUCGGUAAAAGAGAUUCUUCUAAAAUAUUCAAAUAUUUGUCUGUGUUUACAAUCCCAUCGAUAAAAUGCCACUUUCCUACACUUUACUUUAAUAAAUUUACACCAAAAAGUUUUUUUAACAAAAGUUUUACCGGCAGUACACUUAAGGUUUUCCUGAACAUAUAGUACAAUUCCUCCUGUAGAUCUUUUGGACGAAUUGCAACGUAUCACCUUAUACUCACACAAAGCAAUUUCAGAAUCUUCAAUUUCACUUGCAACUCGAGGACCACUAACCACUAUUAUUUUAAGACAAUAACACAGUAAACUUAACUUGAUUUGGUCCAUUUUGUUUAACAAGAUCUAUGCAUUUAACUAUAAAACAUCAAUAUUAAAUAAUAUACUAGGGCUACUUACUAGUUUUUUUUUAGAUAAAUUUAUUUUUUUUAGACUAUUAUAGGCUUAUUAUUAAUGAAUUUGAUUGUUUUUUUUCCAGGGAAAUUGUGACAUUCGACACUCUAAUUAAUCUUUUAUUUUUGACAAUAAUUUUAGCGUCUUCGGCCAUAUUUAAUACUACUUUAAUGGGUCUUGUUCUGUUAGCAAAUUUUCCCGAUCUAAAUAGUUUUAUAUCGCACCCUCAGUGCAAGACUGCAGUAACUCAAAAUUUUAUGAAAAUGAAGUAAUCAUGGAAUUAGAUUGUAAACAUGCAUAUCUAUCCCCUGUAAAACUUUAGUAACUUUCAAAUGCUUAACCGGCUAAAUAUUACAACAACAACAGUUUAACUAUUUUGCGUUUUUGUACAAGUUUCGUGCAAAACUGUUGUAAUUAUAAUUUAACAGAGUUACAACAGUUUUGCACGGAACAUAUCAAUGGUUUUGAUAACAAACAAUGAAAUCCACGAAAAAAGUAAGAUAUUUGUUAUUUUAAUAUCUAUAUCUGUAGUGUUUAAUUUUAAUAUACAGCGUGUCUAGGUAAUCCAUUAACGGCCGUGACAUUGUAUUUUCCAUAAAAUGUGUGCGAUGUCGUUUGACCAUUUAUUUAUUAGAUUGGAUUAAAAACACAUAAAACUAUUUACAGCCAAAAAGUAUUUUUUCUUAUGAAUGGAAAAACAGUUAUCUUAAAACUUGUAUACUGUAAACAAUACUGACAGUUUAAAAAUAUUUGUUCUCAGAAAACUCAUUUUAUUAAAACUAAAUCCUAAAUUGUAUUAAAUCUUCAUGUAACCUUCCGGGGCGAUUGUUUUAUCAUAUUGUCCCCCCGUAAUUCCCAACUUUUACUAAGGUAGUAAAUUUCAAUCCUUUUGUUAAUCACUGUACUCAAGGUAGCCUGAUUUGCAUAUUUUUAUUAUAUUCCUUUUGUUUUGAAUUUAAAUAAAUAAUAUUGACAGUUUUGCUAAUAAAAAAUGUAUCUACACUUUUUACAAUUUUCUCCGUGCAAAAGUGUUGUAACUUUGAAAUUCCUAAUUUUUUUUAGCAUUAAUAUUGUUUUAUUUAAAUUUCUAUGUUAAUACUAGUUUGGUCACAAAUUCAUCCUCAUCAUCAUCCUGAGGGUACAAACAUCACUCUCAGAAUUAUCAACUAAAAGCAUGUCUGUAUGCCUGAAAGAUCGAGGCCACCAACUGUCAAUUUGGAAAACAAUAACCGCCAACAACUUCGUUACAAAAACAGCACACUAUUUUAAAAUAAUCUUUUUUGAAAACGAUUUCCGGAGUGGAAACCUUAAGCCUGAAGUCACUACUGUAGUAGUCGUAAUAAUUAUUAAUUGUCAUGUAUGGUCUCAAUUACUGCGAUUUUUGUGUAUAAAGGCACAGUAGCAUAGUUUGAAUGUAUAGAUAUAAGAGAAUUCACCAAAGGACUGCUUUGGCACAAAAAGCGAUUUAAAUUAAGUACUUAAGUUUUUUCUAUCUUGAUAUUUUCUCUUGAUUUGAAUUUGAAUCUCUUUUUUGUUAGUUGUUUUGUGGCCACAAUGUACACUUGAAUUUGAAGUAACGCACAAAUUGUAUACCUCAAUUAGAUGAGAGUUUAUAAUUUUUAAACAAUCUUAAAAUAAUUGUAAUGGUUUUCUAAAUGUACUCUUAGCUGGUAAAUGAGUUCAUUUUUUGCUUAACUGAAAUUAUUAAUAAUCUUUACAAUGACUUGAUGUAAGUAGAAAAUACUUUACAAAUAUUGUUACACGUCAUGUCACUUGUCACUCAUGUCAACGUUAUUGUUUCAGUUGGCUAUUCUGAAAACUGUUAUUAAUUGUCGUCUGCAAUAAUGUAUGAUUAUAUAAUUUUGAGACAGAGCGACUCAAGAUGGACCAGAAAACUAAUUGACUGGCGCUCAAGAGAAUACAAACGCAGCAAAGGACGAUCACCAACACGCUGGAUGGACGACAUUAAACGGAUAUCCAAGAAAUGGCCACAAGACGCACAGAACCGUGAAGAGUGGCGAAAAAUGGAAGAGACCUCUGUUCAGCAGUGGUCAGAAGAGGUUGCAUGAUGAUGAUAUAAUUUUGAUUUGGUAAUAAAUUACUGAAGCCACCAGAACCAUUUACAGUGCCAUCUUGGGAUUAAUUUAAUAAUUAAAUUAGUUUGCGGAAAAUAACAUUACAGGUACCUACUUUACUGUCCGAAAGCGAUCUAUAUGAUAGACGAAUACAGUGUGGCCAGCAUAAAAAUAAAAAAACACUAAAUUUGACUUUAAAUUCACUAAGAAAAUCAACAGAAUUAAUAUUAAAGGUGGAGUAUGAUUAAUUAGCAAUAAAUUUGAUUGAAAACAUAGUGUUUAUUUGUAUGCCAAACAAACUUAAUUAAAUACUAAAAGUAAAGUAAGAACAUCCAUUUAGGUAGUAAUUUUUUGUACAUUUCAUUAUGAUUACUUAACGAUAUUUACUAUCUUUAAUGGGAUUUAAUUACAAUUACAGUUGACAAUACGUAUAUUUUGACGUUUCGAUUUUUACUUUGAAAAUCCUUGAGAGCGAUUCAAAAUAACCGACAUAAAUUUGAUAUGAAAACGUGUAAACUGUGUACAAUAGAUGGGACAGAAUUAGCGUGCUGUUUUAAAGAAGAUUCUAUUAUAACUAAGGGACAUUCACAUAAUUUUGUUAGUACAAAAAUCUUGAUAGGGAUAGAAAGAACUCUUUAUGCACAAUACCUCAAAUCUAAGGACGAAAAACUUUCUGUAAAAAUGCAAGGAUUCACAGUAAAAGGGUUCCUAAAAUAUUUAUAACAAACAAAAUCAAGACAAACGAAGU